GGCAGUUCCCAGGAAAUCAGUUAAUGAAAGACCAAAAUCAACAGCGGGUCCGUCAGUGAGGCUCUUUGAGGUCAGACAGCCCUGCCAGACCCUUACGGCAGGGAUGAAGUGCCUGGUAGCCCUGUCCCUGGGCUUCAUGGCCCUGGCUGCCGCGAGCCAGUCCCCGCUGCAGAAGCGCGUUGUGAAGGAGGUGCUGGACUAUUUCCACAGCCGGAGCAACGUGCAUUUCCUGUUCAAGGAGCAGUCCGUGGAAGGAGUUGUCGAACGAGAAGACCCUUCGGGGACGUUUGUCCAGCUGCGCGUCAAUCUUGUGCAGACAGCCUGCAGGAAGAGGAUGGUGAGAAAGGAGAACUGCAAGACGGUAGAAAACAAGAGGAAGCCGGCCUGCGUGGCUUGUUUCAAGUUCGACAGAGGCGAUGUCCCCAAGGCGCUGGACAAGUACUACAACUGCGGCCCCAGCCACCACCUGGCUGUGAAGGAGAUAAAGCACCGAGACGAAGCCGAGUGCAGGGAGGUGGAGGAGACCGGCAAGGCGACGGAUUCGCUCUACCUUCCCGGCAUGUUCGCCUUCUCCAAGGGGCUGCCAGCCUAGGCCGGCGUCGCCCGUGUGCAGACACGGCCGGCUGGCACCGGGUCCGGCUCCGCCAGCCUGGAUGCAGGCCUGGAUGAAGGACGCUGCCGCAGGGGGACCAGCCCGGCCCUUCUGAGCUUGCUGCCCUCCAGCACUGUGCAACGAAAGGAAGGUCGCCCGCUGCCCGCGCUUCCUCCCUGCCCACCUCUGCCUAGACGGUGUCCGCACGCACCAGUAAACCCCGGCUCUGCCUCCGGC